UCGCACUUUAAAAUAUAAUUGCAUUCUCUAAAAACUACUUUCGGCUUAACAAUGAUAUUGGUGACAUUCUGAUCGGACGGCUUCAGACCUCGGUGACAGAUGAGUGUGCAUGUGUGUGCGAGAGAGAGAGAGAAAACUAAAUAUGGCACUAUCGUUUUCAGCCAAUCGGGUCACAGUUUGUAACAGGUUGCUGCUCGCGUCACCAAAGAGGUUGAGAAGAGGCAUCAGGGACGCGCUCAUCUGUUUCACUAGGAAAUGGCACCGGUGUAACCGAUCAGUCAUUAUGGGGGAGCCGGGACUCCGAGACAGCGUGGACCCUGACCGACCAAACGCUCCUCAGAGCUCACCAAUUCGAUUAAUAAGGAAAACUAAAUCUGUGUCUCUGUUGUGUUUCCAUUUAUAAACAGACAGCGGCAGGAGCUGUGAUUCGAUCAGCGCUUCACUAGGAGAGAGCGACGUGAGUAAUCAGGAUUCAACUGGGAAUUAGGAGCGUGAUGGAUGGAUCCUCGAUAACAAGCAGCUCCGGUCAGUCCAGCCGAAUCAGAGCAGGGUGGGUUCAUCCGGACUAAAAAAAAAGAACCCUCCUCGGUUCUUCUCAUCUGUUGGCUUCUUCUCAGUCCGGGCGGCGAUGUCCGCCUAUUGCCUUGACCUGCAGACGUCUGCCGCGGUUUCAGCACCACUCGAGCUGGACAGCGACUGCAUGGAGCCCCGGGACUCUCCCGGCUCCGGGGAUCAGGAACUCGGCGGCGGUUUCCAGCCUCACCCGCUGCGGCACCCCGGCUCUGGAGGCCUUGGUAUGGCCCUGGAAGAGGAGCUGGCCAUGCUGACCCGUGACAGGAGCAACGAGGACGGGGAGGAGAAGCCGCUAUCGCCGGAGCUAGAGACGCCUGGUCACAACGCAGAUUUCCUGUCGCUCUGCCGUCAGAAGGAAAGAGACUUGGUUUUAGCUGCUAAACUGGGAAAAACUUUACUAGAGAGGAACCAAGACUUGACGAAGCAAUAUGAGAAAAUGCACAAAGACCUCAAUGAGAAAUUAGAGCACUUGGAACAGGAGAAGCACGAGCUGCGAUGGCGUCUGGAAAGCCGAGAAGGAGAGUGGGAGGGGCGCAUUACCGAGCUGGAGAUGGAUGUCCAGCAGCUUCAGGGCGAGCUGGAGAGACAUCAGGUUCAGCUAAGAGAAGCGGACAGGGACAAGACCAAGGCCAUUAGUGAGCUCUCUGAACAGAACCAUGGACUGCUGGAGCAACUUAGCAGGGCUGCAGAGGUGGAGAAGCAGCUGUCCACUCAGGUCCAUACACUACAGGAUGAUUUCAGGGAGAAGAGUUUGUCUACAAGUCAACACAUAACACAACUGGAGACUCUACAGACUCAGCAAGGGCUGGAAAUUAAGAUGCUGUCAGAGGGGAAAAUUGAGCUGGAACGUCGCGUUCACGCCGUGCUGGAGGAGAAUGAGCUGCUUCAGAGCACAGUGGAUGACCUCAGAGAGAGGACGCUGGUGUUAGAGAAGCAGUGCCAUGAGAAGGACCUACAGUUGCAACAGAGUCAUCUGGAGCUCCAAGAGGUUCAGCUGUCCCACAGACAACUGACUGUUCGACUGGAGGAGCUGAACAUUACCCCACACCCAUCCAGUCUAUUGUGUGAGAUAGAGCUGAGCAUGGAGCAGGAGGAACAGGAGCAAGAACGGGAGCAGUUGCGUCUUCAAUUGUGGGAGGCCUACUGUGAGGUCAGAUCACUCUGCUCACAUCUCCGGGGAAAUGACAUCACAGACUCUGCGCUGUCCACAGACUCUUCCAUGGACGAGUCCUCAGAGAUGUCCUCAGCCAAGGAUGUGCCUACAGGAAGCCUCCACACCAGCCUUCUGGAGCUGAGGAGACUCACACAGAACCUGCUAGACGGCAAUGAGUCUACGGGCUCACGGCGCAGUGAUGAGGAGGCGUUGGAGGAGCAGGUGAGAAAGUUAGGAGAAGAACUGAGGGAGGUUAAGGAGCUGUUUGAAUCUGCACAGCAGAAAACCUGUUGCAGUGAAGAAGAGCUGCAGCAGCUGCACAAUCAGAUGGCGCUCCUCUCCAUGGAGAUGUGUUCUCUGCAGGAGGAGAACCAGCAGAUGAGGACGACGGCUGAAGUUCGAGAACCCAGCGAACAGCUCCAGAGCGCCAUCCGAGACAGGGAUGAAGCCAUAGCCAAAAAAAAAGCAGUAGAGAUGAAACUGGCCAAGUGUAAAAUAGACAUCAUGUCUCUGAAUAACCAGCUUUUGGAUGCUAUCCAGCAGAAGCUUAACCUGUCGCAGCAGCUGGAGGCCUGGCAGGACGACAUGCACAGAGUGAUUGACCAGCAGCUAAUGGACAAACACCAGGACGAGUGACAAUCCCACCCAUCAGGGUCAAUGUGGCCCUAUGGUGGUCACUCCUCCAGACGGGUUUGUCACAGUUCCAACCAGGACAAGAGGCUUUUCUCUUUUUUCAAAAAGAACUGAGCGUCGUUGGACUGACACCAGACAGAGGUGACAAGGAGACAGAAACAGGUGUGGAGGAUCAGGCGGGAGAGACAACAUUGCACAGUACAGUACUGUAUUGCACCUGUACAGACACUGACAAAUUCCCUCAGAGGCUUUGGCUCAACUCCCCUCCCCAUCCCUCUAUAGACAGAUACCAGACUUAGUAGAACAACAACAGGGGCCCCAAGAUUUACCUCCAGACAGGACGGCCUUCUUGUAGUGCCUCAAACCAUCUCUUUAACCCACUGCCAACUCCUGCAUAGAGGGGAACACGACAUACACAAACACAUAUCUACAUACGCGUACAGACCCUCAACACGUACAAACUGUUUUUAGUGUGCAUCUUGAUUGAGCCAGAGUUUCUGGGGAAAGACGGGGGUCGUGGGAAAAACAAGAGUUUUUGGGGAUAAGGUUACCUCUCAGGUUUAUUCAUGUGUCAGCUUCACAUAUCAGCAUCACAGCAGAGAGUAUUUUUGAUACAAAGAAAAUAUAUUUUAGAAACUAUGUGUUGUUUUCAUUAUCCAUACAGAGACUUCAGAGAAUACAGAGAAACUACUAGAACUACUAGAGUUAAGAACAUUUUCUCUCAAGAAAGAUAUGCAUGACCCAGGACACUAGAGUUGCACAUUUGUCAUUAUACAUAGUCUAACCCUAACCCUAACCCUAACCUCCAAAGUUCAUCUUUACAUUGUGGGUGAACUAGAAAGCACUUAGAAGCAGGAAAAUCAGCAUUAUACAUGUACUAAGCUGCGUUUGCGUUCAUAUUUGUGCCCUGGUGUCACGUCAGGCUCAACCAUAGAUGCUUGUGUUGCCUCAUGUUACAAUUGAGCAUCAUAUUAAAACUACUACUCAUGUACUUGUAAAACAACGGCCACUAGCGUUCACAAUGGAUACUGCGCUUUAUAGUUAAUCAUUUAUAUUUGAAACAUUGUGAACCGGAACCAGUCCUAGAAUGUAACAAAAAUUUUUCAUCUAUAAACAGAUGAAUGUUAGUAGACAUACAAAAUAUAUUUCCUUCAUAAUGCACCUCCGAUGUAUGACAACUAGCACUUUGACUUACAUGAGUUCCACAUGUGUAUAAGAUUUAUGUUCUUGCCUGACAUCUGAAUAAACCUUUGGGUGACUCUCCUGUAGGACAAUUUACAUUAUAUUUUCACUCUUUUUUUUUUUUUUGAGGGAUGGACAUACAAUUCUUGGCAUUGAUGAUGAUAUCAGUCAUCUUCCUAGUUAACCAAAUUUAAAAAGAAAAGUUUACAUACAAGCUGGAAAUGGAGGAAAAACACACAUUUGUAGAAAUUUUAAUUUUUCUCAGAAAAUCUCCACUAAAGGCUUUAACUUAAACUUAAAAAGUUAAAACAUCAAUAAAGAAAUAACAAGAACAUAGCCAGAAAGUUAGCUAAACAUUAACCAACAAUUCAAUGACAAUUACCCUUAAAUUAGCUAAGGAGUGGCCAAAUUGACAUUUUUUUUAUUAUAUUAAUAGUCAAUAACUAAUCAACUAAAAACC